UGACAGGUGAAUGUGAUGUCAACAUAGGACGUGUAAAAAAAUUCCUCUACUCAACUUAUAAAUGGAUCAAAAACUUUAAAACUUGUUAAAAAAUUAAUCCCAAAAUUGCAACAUUUCAAAAUGCCUAGUAUCGACGACAGAGUCGUUGAAAAAUUAAACAACGAAAUUGGAAAAGAUUUCCAAAAGCUUUAUCGUGCCUCUUGUCUCGUAGACAAAUAUAAACAACGUUAUACUGAAAUAGAAGACAAGUUAAAUUAUGAUGACGAAAAUAACACCUCAAGCAUCCGAGCAGCUCUCCAAAGCGGAGAAGAAGCUUGCAAAAGUAUUGAUUUUCAAAUGGAAAAGCUAAAUCGUUUCCAAGAGAAGCUGUCUGCAAAGAUCCACGAAUCAAAUCGAAUCCUUCACGGGGUAAAACCACACCUAGAAAAGGUGCGACAUCUCCAGAGAUUAGUUGAGUAUUUGAAUGUUGUCAGAGACAUUCAAGACAUAAGUGCUUCACUCACUUCUGCUAUAAAUGGACGAGAUGAAACGAAAAUGGUCAACUUGUAUCUUUCACUAAGUGGAGCUCAUGAUUCUGGAAAUUGUGUCAUUGGCAGAUUAGACUCAGUUGAGGCUCCAUUCCUGCAAUCAUUCGCCGUUAGAACAGCUGUCUAUUGGCACGGACUUCUAAAGGAGAAGUUUUCAAAUGAAUUUGAAACACUCCUUAAAAACAUCCGAUGGGCAAAUCAAGGCCAGGAUAUGCUUAAGUUCUCCCCAUCAAAAGAUAACUUAGCCAAGUUAACACUAAUUGCCGAGUAUUUAUUUUUGCUGAAAUCUCCAAAUGAAGAAUCCGAACCUUUGCAAAUUAUCACCCCAAGUAUACUCCUGCAGCCUAUAAGCACAGUUACGAAACUUCUCCUCAAGCAAUAUCGAACACGAUUUCUGUUUCACUUCACUGGCACAAAGCAAACCAACCGCUUGGACAAACCCGAGUGGUAUUACACACAAAUCCUCAACUGGAUCAAGGACACACACUUGUUUGUUGGCAGGAGUUUCCAACAGGCAUGUGUCAGGGCCGGGAGAGUGGAUUUUAAUAUUCGGCUUGAAUUCAUCCGAGGCCUUGUUCAGUUGUCUAUUGAAAAACUCUCCUCCGACAUUGACGAAAUCUGCCACGAUGAAAACCUCUUUGCUCAUCUUCUCGAUGAGACUCUAUCCUUCGAAGCUGAGCUCCGGGAGACUUUUGGCUAUCCAGCAAGUUUCCCCAGCGCCAUCACAGUCAUCACACAACCAACAUAUCUUUUGAAAUGGAUUUCCUUGGAAGAGCGAUUUUGUGCGGAUAAAAUGGACCAGAUCCUGCAGGGCUAUGACCCAUGGACACUCAUCGACCCAGGCACACAUGACGAACUAAAGAUACCCAAAUGUGCUGAUCAGUUCAUAAGACUCCUCGAAGCCAUCAAGGAUCGUUAUUACUCCCUGAUUCAACCGGGACAUCAGCUGCAGUUCCUCAACCUUCAACUGGAAUUGAUCGACAACUUCCGAAGGAGAUUGGUGCAGUUGCAUAGCUCCGCCGUCGUCGACAGUAUCCAGGUCUUAAAUGCAAUAAAUUAUAUCAAUUCCGUGCUUCGAGAGUGGGGAGAGAAUGUUCACUAUUUACACCUUCAUGCGGCUCUGGUGGGACCGAAUGCCAACGAAAUUAACUCAGUAUUCGAACAUCCUGUCGAAGAAUUGGAACAUUGGCAACAGAAGCUUGUCAAGAAUCUAGCAACGAAGGCGGUGAAUGAAAUCAAAGCUAAAUCAAUGCCCUAUCGUCAUGAUAAAUGGCAAUCGCUGUCGGAAAACAUCUCGAGAGAACCUUUUAUGCUCUCGACGAGUGCUGGGGAAAUGUUUCAGGUAAUGGUGACAACAUUGCACAACCUGGAGAAGGACCUUUCCAGCAACCUCUUCAACCUUGCCCUGCGUUUGAUAGCCAAACAAAUGGACGACUACUUCCUGGACAGUAUGGUUAUGAACACGAAGUUCUCAUCGGCCGGAGCGGCGCAAUUCAACUACGACAUGACAAGAAAUCUUUUCGCUUUAUUUGGACAAUACUCUAGGCGCCCAGAUUUGCUAUUCAAGAAAGUUCAUGAUAUUUGUAAGUUAUUAACCAUUCCUCGAGGGUCAGCAAUGCUUCUUCUCGAAACCCUAAAAGGCGACGAGUAUCCCUUUGAGGAGAAACAAAAAGCUCUCAAAGAACUCGGCGUUAUCCACUUCAAUCCCAGCACUAGUCUCGAUGUAAUCGAAAGGAGAACGGAUAUUCGAUUGUUUUAAGAGAGGAUCAGGGUAUUUUUUAAAGAGAGAUCCUUGGAGCACAGUUUUUAAGUGAAGAAUAAAAUUUUGAGAUAAAAUUUAA